AUGAAAAAAAGGCGGAUCUUCGCGCUAAAUACGAAGGUUCUCCAGCAGGUUGAUAUAUUGGAGGACGAGGUCACGAAAAUAUUUGAGAUCUAUGAGCAAAAAUUUCAGGCAAAGAUCAAGGAGCUUCAGGAACUCCAGGAAGAAAAGGCAGAAGCCACCGCACAAAUUGAGAAGCUCGAAGGCGAACUUGCUAGUCUUAAGCAAGGACGCCAGAAUUCUCAUGUCCAGGAUGUGAAUCUAUCGCCCGAGCUUCUGUUCGCUUUCCUCGCUGCCAACGAUGCAUGGGCUUCAUUCUCAUCGCUCUUUGAUGCCCAUGCCCAGCGGCGCACUGUGGAGUCGCGGCUUGCAUUCGACCGUUUUUUGGCAUUGUCAAACCCCAACGAUGUCCGUCGCUUCCACCGAACCCAUUCUAUUACGACAAAGCACUCAGGCGUAUCUGCAAGCACCAUUUAA